AGAGGUCACAGUGCAAUUUCUAUGCGGUACCCAGCGUAAGGCGAUCACAUGAACUGAGUGUCUGUGAGCCUGUCACGAUCAGCUGAAACUGUUUCAUCUUCGAUCAGCCUAGGGAUUUUUUUUUUUUUUUUUACAAAUGAGGUUGAAGCGGUCUUCCAUGUCAAGUCUCACUACAAAGUAAGAUUCAGUCCAAGCAAAGUUGCUGCAUCCUACCUGCCAAAACCAGAUUUUUCCUUCCUGCCAGAUUUAAUUCUGGACCUCAUGCUCUACCAACUAGAGUGCCAAGACAUCAAAAGCAUGAUCCAAAAAUCUUUGAUUGUUGCCAAUCCCUGUGUGUCUCAUCACCUUUGCUAAAGCUCAGGCCACAGAUUAACUUGUUGUUGUGAACAUUUGUAAGAAAAUUGUUUCUAUAGGCCAAGCAUCAUAUUUAAAGUCAUCCAUCAAAAGGAUUUUAAUGAGCACAGAGAAACUAUUUUCUGUCUGCUUGGCAUCGUAAUAUCAGCUAUGACUGGCCAACCUUAUGCCCUACCUCACAGUGGAUGUCUGCUUUUUUUUCCUAUCAAGUUGAUAUAUAAUCAGACUUGGACACAUGCUUUGAUCUGUCCCAAUAAAAAAUGACAGGCAGAAGCACCUGCUGUAUUGCACCUUAUUUUACCAUUAUAUUUUUUUUUUUCAUUUCAGUGGAUAGUGAAAGGUAGUAAAUUGUCACUUAUAGAAUGACUAUCCUUCACUUGAAGACCAAGAAAGAAAUAAGGCAUUGAUAUAAGUAACAUAAUUUCCAUAUAGGAAUGAGUUUCAAGAAUGUUUGAGAUUGAAGAGUUAAAGAAAUGAUAUAUGGUUUUGUAGAGAAAGGUAGAGUGAGUGCCCAGUUUGCAUGACUGAAGCUUUCUCUUGCACAUGCAUGUUGUGAUUUGCACAAAGCUUUUAAAAAAUCUUCUAACCAUCCCUUGUACAGACAGAUUAAUUUUUGCCUAUGCCUGUAAUGGGUCAAAGUUGAGCAACUUUUCAAUGGUUCAUAAGGUGUUUCUGUCAAAUCUUCUUUCCAUUCGAAAAAGAUCCCAAGAAUUAUUUAUUAUUUAUUAUAUUAAACUUCAGAAAAGAUGACACAUCUUAAAUGCUUAAGUAAGUUGUAUAACACAAAGAUAUACAAGAAAAAAUAUUUCUUGUUUUAUACAAUGUACAGUAUUACAUAAAAGGAGUUUUUUCCCCCCAGACUUGUAACUAGUAGUUUCACAUGUAAACAGGUCUGUACUUCUAUAAAAUUUCAAAAUGUUGCCAUACCCUCCCAACGCUUUUCAGCCAAUGCCUCUUCCUGAAAUCAAAAAACAGUAUGCUACUGUAAUUUUCAAUAUUUGUGUCGCUCAAGCUUUCACCCUAGAGCAAUGGGUGAGGCAGAUUUAACUCAGUCGGUCAGCGUGCAUCCAAUACCAGAAAAUGCCAUCAGCAUUCUCCCGCAGGAACCAAACAGAGUGUUUUUUGAGACUGUACAGGUGGUACCAAACCCAUCUGGAGGUUACAGAAUUCUUCAUCCUGAAUCCACCAUUUAUCCAGAACGACGCACUCCUACACCAUCCAAGUUGACAAAGGAGACUGCACGUUCUGGGCAGUAUUUUAGCCGUAAUAUCAGUAACCAAGAUUUGCAACAACGUCUGAAGCAGAAAGCAACUGAUGCCAAAAUCCGCCAAGGCAUCUCCAAGUCUCUUCAGGUCACUCAAGGUUUUGUGAACUAUGAUAAAACAGCUAGCAGUAAAGCUACCGGCAAUGUAAGCAACGAGGGGAAAUUUAUAAAAAGAAGAACAGUCUUCAUGAAUCCUUGCUGUCACCAAAUGCCAAAGAAGAGAGGGCAUCUCAGUGUACUUGUAAAUUAUAUCACUCCCACACAUUCCAAGGCAGACCUGUUAACACUGAUAUAUUGAAAGAAACUCAGCAGUUUAAGGAAACUCUUGCAAAGUCAGCAUCCAACACAGAUGCUUGGGAAGACAACAAUGAUGACUUUCGCAACAUCUUUUGGACACCUUCACUGUCUUUCCAUCCUUAUGAGCAUGGAAAUAAACGGGUGGAGUUUACAGAUUUGUGGCCUAACCUUUCUGAGCUGCGGCAACAUUUCCAAAAUUCAGGCAUUCAGCACACAGUUAUUCGUGACUUGGCAAUCCUCGACCUCUGCAAGCUGGCCAUUGUAUGUGGACCUGUGCGUCUGCUGCGCUGCUUAGUUGAACUGGAACUUGUUCGUGUGGAUCAAAGACUGGACAACGGGACAGGGAUGCUUCACCUGGCCGUACUGGCGCAGAACACUGAGGCAGUGCAGUAUCUGACGUCCGCCAAGAUAUCCCCCAAGCUGCAGGACAAAAGCGGCAGCACCGCAGACCAGGUAUGCUUCAACAACACUGUGAAAAGGCAUCUGCCACCAAAAUAUUUAUUACGUCGGGAAGUGCGGCAGUUGAAUGAUAGCAAGAUGGUUCCUAUCAAGCCUAGCCUUCAAGACAAAGAUGUUAUUUUCAAGCUUGCAGCAAACCCAAAGUACUUUGAUGAAAUCCAAAAGAAAUUACAGACUCUGGACUUCAAUGUCAACACAGAAUGUGAUAGCAGCGGAGAUUUUUUGCUGCAUUUAGUUUGCAGACGAGGUUUGAGUCAGCUGCCUUUGAUGAUGGCACUGGUGAAGAUUCAGGGAGCUGACGUGGAGCUGUGUAAUGCUGAAGGCUUCACAGCCCUCAUGCUUGCUGCUAGUGCAGGCAACUGUGUCCUGUGUGAUGUGCUGAUGUGUCUGUUUGGAGCUGAUCCUAACAAGCCCAACCCUAACACAGGCCGCACUGCUCUUCAUUAUGCUGUGGAAGGCAAUCAUCGUAAAACUGUUGAGUGUUUGAUUAGACGAGGUGGAGAUGUCAAUGCAGAGGACCUGAUGGGGCGGCGACCUGACGAUGUUCCACUUUGUCAAGGUGUGAAUGUUGACUGCCUUGAAAUCAUCUCUUUCACGCGCACUCGCCGGAUAGAAACUCUGACUGAACGAAUCCGAAAGGGCGAGUUGGAGAAAAACCAUCUGUUAAAAUCAGAUUUGUAUGUUGUUGAUGAAGAGGGCUGCACUUUGGUGAUGACAGCUGCAUUAUACAACAGAGCUUCAGAACUGGAAACUUUGCUGCAGAUCAAUGAUACAACCAUCAAUGCCCAGCACACAAAGACAGGAAUGACAGCACUAGCCAUGGCAGCUGAGUUAGGAAAUACGGAGACUGUGGAAGUUCUUCUCAGCCAUGGUGCAAACCCAGCCAUUUCAGACAUGAAGUGUUAUUUGCCACUGCAUCAUGCCGUACUGAACAACCAGGAGAAAGUGGUGGAUAAAAUGCUAGAAUACUUCCCUCAAUCCUACUGUGGUUUAAAUAAAGCUGUCAGAUUGUGCAAGAGAACAACCAUACACAAAAUGCUGAACUCUGCAUUUACUAGGCGUCAGGAAAAGAUUAUUACACCUAAACUGUUGGAAUGUGCAAUGAAUGGUGCUGCUGAUGAACUUUUCCAACUGCUAGAUGAUGGUGAUGUCAUAAAUCCAAAGAGCAGUACAGGCAAUUGGCCACUCUAUCUGGCUGUAGAAAAUGGUCAUCUUGAUGUUGUAAGGCUGCUGUUUGAGCAAGGGGGUGAUAUUCGCAAACGACACAGCACCACAGGGGAGACAGUUUUACAUAUAGCUGCCAGGAUGGGGCAUACAGAGAUAGUGCGUUACCUCCUUAAAUUCUGUCAAAACUCCCAUAUCCACUGUUCUGCACAACAUGAAUCACGGAAGAUGCUGGACAUCAACACUUUGGAUACCAACAACCACACAUCACUCCAAGUGGCUGCUGAGAAAGGCUACAGCAAAAUAGUUCAGCUACUGCUGCAGCAUGGUUCAACCACAGCUCUGCUAGAUGCUAAAGGCCAGCUCUUCACAUGUCCACAGUAUGAGGGAGUGCGUGUACAGAUUGAGACACACAGGCAGAUGCACACAAAAGAUGUGGUGGCAGCCAUCACUGACCGCAGUCGAAAAGCUUUGGAACAGUUAGAAAAAAUUUGGCUGCCUCGAUUUGACCACAACUUGCGGACAAGCGAGGGUGACACACCGCUCAUGGUAGCCUGUAGUAUAGGCAAACUACAGAUUCUGAAAUUCUUGCUUGAGUCAGCUGUAUACCCACAGUCUCGGCAAGAAUGCGAACAUGAAGAAGAUUCAGAUGCUGAUUCUGGAGUUCUGGAUCCGACUAGUGGCAUGACUCAGAGGCGUGACUCAAAAAGUGCCCUUGCAGAAGAACUUCACACUAGUGGCACAUUUGGCCAUUCUACAGAAGUGCAACAAAACCAGUUUACAGGCAGUGGAGAGUACUCUGGAGAUGAUGUAUCAGAAAAAAAGGAUUCUUUAGAAGUCCAGCCAGCAGCAAGUCUUCCCAAUGGCACAGCUGGUGUGCAGCAAUUUCUGAAUGCUCUGCUGCAUGAUUUUAGCAUACCCAAAGGACUGUACAUCUACCGUGAUGGACUGGUAAGCCAUGUGUGUGCUGUGAACCUUUUUGAUGGCAGUACAGCUUUGCAUCGAGCCAUCGAACAUGGGGAUGAUUACCAGGCAGUAAGACAAUUACUUAUUGCUGACCCUGCUUGUCUUAAUCUGCAAAAUUCUCGGGGACUGUCUCCACUGCAUUUGGCUUGUAAACUUGGACGCAAAAAGGUCAUAGAAAUGUUGCUGGCAACAGAGGGCAUUGACACAAACUCACGUGCACUGGAAGGCCAACUGCCUGAGGAGAUGACUAGAAACAAGUCAAUCAUUCGCAUUGUGGAAAAAGCCAGAGAGCAGCUCACUGGCAGGACCACAGCACCACUAAAGCCACAAGAAAAUGUUCCAAGAGAUGAUGACUCAGCUUCACACAGUCUCACAGGAUCAGUGGUGAACUUUGACAAGCUGCACAGCCGCUAUGAGGCUCUUCGGAGUGAAGUGAAGGACGUGUCUUGAUACCCAAAAAUCUGGAACAACCAUAGUCUGCUGUGAUAUUUAACAAAUUACAGUGUAUAUUGUCCCAGGCCUCUGUCCCUUUCUGAAACAGGAGGUGUCAUUUUUUUAAGUGCUGACCGCUGUGAACAUGGGCCUUUUUGUUGAGUUUGUUGUUAACAUAAAGUUGUACUUGGGCUAUACUUGGGGCAGAUUAGUCUUAUAUGCUAUUAAGGUACAAACAUGAAUUUUACCAUACUAUAUGCACUUGACCAAAUGCAUAUUCUGCUUGCAAAUCAUGCAUCCAGAAUACUUCAUUUGCAACCAAAAUAUAUUACCAGACUAUUGAUGACUCUUUUAUUUAACUCUGCAACGUCAAUUGCAGAUUGCGAAGAUUAAAGUAAGGUACAUACAGGGAUUUUUCAUGUGUUGCAUGGUUACAUGGUUAUUUCAAAAUCUUUUCUUAACCAUCAUUUUAAGUGGUUGAAUCUUGAUGAAGUUUUCUUGUAAUGGAGAUAAACAGGAUAGGAUUGUAACAUGUCAGAAUUAUGGUGGUGAAAAAUGUGUGCUAGAGAGCAAAGGUAUAUACUUUGCUGGAGUGCCUAGGCGUUGUGGAAAUUUUGGAAGAUUAUCACAAUCAUUAUAAAUAGAUAUGACAAGCUGCAUUCUGGAGUAAAAAGUAUCUCAUUAUCAAUUUCUGCAUAGCCCUAUACAUACCGUACUUACUGCUAAAGUGCAUUAAUUUGUAUUGACUAUAUACCCUUCCGGCAUUUUACUCUUCCAAGUGUUCAUUGGUGGAGCACAUUCCAAAUGUUUUUGUGAUGUAAAAACAAUUAUUUGGGUGUAAAAGCAAUGAUUCUGAAGUUUUAACAAAAUUUUUAGGGCCUGUGCAGUAGUGUUCAUGUGUGUGCAUGUGUAUAUGUGUGCAAGGGGUUAAAAUUUGGGUAGAAUGAUAAGAAAGUUGUUCAAAUGCAAAGGCAGGAUGCUCAUUUAAAGGACCAUUUCACUUUUUUUUUUUUUUUGCACAUACCAAAGAUGAAUGCUCAUGUUCUUUUCCUAUGGUUUAUUUUUAAAUGACCAUCUGCAUCAAUGUUAGAUUUAUAUUUCCCCUAACAAAUUAAAGCAUGAAUAAUUUUAAUAACUAUCUAUUCAGGUUUACCAGGUUAAAAUAUUCACAAAGAGGAUGAAAUUCCAACCAGUUUAUUCAGAUUUGCAUUUGGGCUGUAUGAUCACAAUUUGCUCGAAUUAUUUAUACAAUGUUAUAGACUGAUAUGUUACAUCAUAAGCAGAUAAAAUACUGUGGUCUUUUGUGGUAACUGGUCAUGGAUUUCUUUAAAGUAACUGUGAUGAUAAAAUAGACAAGUCUUGGGCUGCUUGUACUGUUGAUGUUAAUAGACUACACCGAACUGAUUGGCCGGAUGUGAAGAAAAACGAUCAACCUAAGAACACUUUUUGUGUUGCAUUCAUAUUAGAUUAUCUUUCCUUGGACUGGAAAACUUACAAUUACUCAUUUCACCAAAUGCAAUGUUUUUGUUUUAGUAAUUUUUUUUGCCAUGAUCAGCAAUGAAUUUUUGUAUUACUUGUAUGAUUGAUUUUAUAAAAUGGAGAGUAACUGGCCAAUAGUCCUCAUAAAAUAAAACUGAGAUCCAUUAAAUGACUUGAUAUUUCUUGUUCAGUGAUUUCUCUCCUUUUUUUCUUUCAUGAAUGCUAAAACAAAGGGCAAAAGGAGAAAAAUAAUCAUAGGAACAUAUAACUGAUUUUCAUCCACUGUCUGACUUCACUAAUGCUAUGGCAAAUAGUUUAAGCCUGUUUUUUUUUUAACCAAAAAAACCUCCCUUAGUCAAUGUUUCAGACCUUGUUCUUGAUAUUUGAAAAAUAUUUUGUAUUAAUUCAUCUAUACAGUCAUUAUAAACAUUACCAUUGAAUGACGAGUUUGAAAUCAUCCUUAAUGGAUCUAUAUUUCUAAAAAAAGUGCUUUCCCAAAUAUUUGUUAUCUUCAUACCUUUAUCACUUAACAAGGAUGACAUAAUAAUUAAAAGAACAGGUUGUGUUGCUGUUUACUAUCAUAUAAGAUUGCUCCCCGAAUUUAAGGAUAUUUAAAAUAAAGUCAUUGUGAUUUAAAAGUCACCAGAUAGACAAAAGAACAGUGAUUGACAAAUACAGUUCAAGAAUUUUCACUGAUGACUGAGACUAAUUGACCUGGAAUAUUUCUUGCUGCUUAGAAUUUUGUAAUCAAUACGCAAUGUGUAUCAAGGAAGAUGCUUUGACUUAGUGGUUGUGAGUGGACUGAGUUUGUCUUCAACUGUGGAACUCUUUGAACCUCUUCCCUACAAUAUGAUUUUCUGUGAAGCAGUACAUGUUAUGUGCACCACCAUUUAAAAUGGUUUAUGAUCCAUCCUGGAACAAUGGAGAUGCAUACAACACAACACAUACAUCAAAUACAACUUUCCAGAAUGAUUCUGCAAAGUGUAAGUUGCUUAUUUCAAUAUUCUGGAUAAUCAUGUUGCUGAUAUUCUGCACUGUAUCCUGGUGAUCAGCUGGUAACUGGCCAUGUACAAGGCAGUGGUGUUAAACCAGUCCGGUGUUUAUUGUGACUGCAUGCUUUUUGUUCAUUUAGGUUUGCUAUGUGGUUUUGAUCCUUGAAAAAAAAACCAAAUGUCAGUUAAAUAAAAAUAAAUCUAAGAAAGCAGCAUAAAAAGAGAAGUUUGUAGAUAUUGUAUUAAUACCCAGUGAAUAUGAAACAAAAAACUUUAAUACAUCCUAUUUCAUUGUGAGUUGCUAUAAAAUAAACCUACUCAGCAUUUUUUCUUUUUGAAAAUGAGAUUUACAGUGAUAGAUGAAGUAUUUAAUCAAAAAUAAAUAACGACUUAUGAAACGCACUUAACUGUCUAAUUUGAAUGCGUGACUGGCCUUAAUUCAGUUGUAAAAUACACCAAAAUUAAUCAGAACAAAAAUAGAGAUCCAGGACUUCUGCAAAACUAUGCCCAUGUAUAAAACUUAAGAGCUUUUUUUAUAUAUAUUCAGUGACAAUCAUUUUUUCCUUGAUGGAUAGAAGAAUUUAAUAUUUUGUGUUUUCAACAGCAGCAAAAUGUGUAAAGAAAAAUAAUUUUGUAAAUGGAAUACUUUUAAUGAUUGUGCUGUCAUGUGUUGUCUUGUACAAUGACACUGUUUUCAUGUAUCUCGAACAAAUGGCUAUGUAAGCAACUUUCUUUUCUAUCCUAAUGUUGUGAACAUGAAUUUCUGUAUGUUUGAAAUUGUAAUCACUUUUACAGUGGGUUAAUGAUGAUUGUUACAAUUUUUGAAAGUAUAAUCUUUUUUCACAUCAUGAUAUUUUAGAUAUUUAUAUUUUAUUUGGGUUUUCAAUGUAUGUUUUAUCUUUUUCAAUGGCAUAGUUGAAGACAGCAUGGACCAUGUUUUUUGUGUGUGUGCGUGUGUGUGCACGUGCAUGUAUGUCCACAAGGAAAUGUGUUCAUAUAUGAAAUAUAUGUGUAUACAUAUAAAUGUGAAUGGAUAGAUAUGUAUAACUCUAAGACCUUGUUGAGCUGAUAAAGUAAUUGUAAAAAGUAAACUCAAAACUGUU